CCUGUUUGCUGUCUCACUGGCUCUGUGACACUCUUCCUGCUGUUUGUAAGGCACGAUUUGGAAGGAGAGAAAUCUGUCAUUACAGUCUAGCUGCUAGAGGAAGUCACCAGCUCUGGGCUCUUGGACAGCAAAAUUAAGUCUUUUAAGUAUACUUACUACUGAGAAGACCAUAGAUUGGAUGUUCCACUAGGAGUGUAUUCAACAGUGCUGGAUGGUUGCAAUUAGGAGAAACACUGCAGUAUUUGGAUGAAGUGCUACAUGUGUGGAAUCAAAUCUGGACUUCAGAAACUUUAUGAAAAAAAUUAUUUGCUGAACAUUUAUCAUAAGGUUAUUCCAUGCCAAAGGACCUGACCAAUCAGAGGCUGGUGUAGCAGAUCCAGACAGGGUGAAAUGCCAAGUUUAAACCAAACCAACCAGUAUAUCAUGAACAUAAUCUGAGGGCAUCUGUUUAUGGUGUAAAAACUCGUGACAAAGCCAGGAUGGAUGCAAAAAGGAAAGAGAUGGACCUUUUGAGCAACAGUAUUGCUGCCUAUGCUCACAUAAAAGAUAAUCCUGAGAAGUUUGGCCUCUACUUUGUCAUUGGUGUGUGUUUUGGCCUGGUGCUUACCCUCUGUCUGUUAGUGAUACGAAUUUCCUGCAAGCCUCGAACUACAACUGCGCCCCUCACUCCAGAGAGAAAACAGCUGAAGGACUUUUGUGAAGAUGAUGAAGAUGAAGAUAGUGAUGAUGAGGAGGAGGAGGAGGAGGAGGAAAAUGAAGACAAAGUAGGAGAUGUGGAGGCUACUAUUACCCACUGCAGCACAGAGAUCCCCAUGGGCAACCACCACAGCACAUUGGAUGGAAAUGUGAAUGUGUUUACCUCAGCAGAGGAGCUGGAACGAGCCCAGCGCCUGGAGGAGAGAGAGAGGAUCAUCAGGGAGAUCUGGAGAAAUGGACAACCAGACAUCCUGGGCACAGGAACUAGCACCAUUGGAAGGGUGCAUUACUAUUAACACUCAUUAGAAUUGAAUGUAGUCCCAGAACAAGACUUAUAAAGAAAAUCUUGGACUAAUGUAUUUAGUGUCCAAGCCCACAUGUAAAACAGUGGUAAUCAUACUUACUGCACAAGAGCAUACUUUGGUGCUAUAUUGUACAAUGAGACUGCGCAGAUGUUGAGGAGAAUAUCCUAGUAGGUAAGAUAGCUGUUUUCAAAUGCACUCAUAAAAGUCACAUUCACCUUAAAGUUUUUUUCAGGGUUUAGAAUCAGGUUUUGUACAAUGAUGCUAUCAUGAUUUCUAGUGGUCAGCCAAUUGCACCACUCCACUAUACCCUUUGUUCUGGGUUUUUUUUUUUUUUUUAAAUACCCUUUGCCUUUUGUUUUGUAUAAAUAGUGUUGUUAGUAUUAUGCAAAGUCUUAUAUUACAUCAGUAAAUUCUUAUAUCACAUCACUACAUUUAGACUGACAGCCCUAUCAUUGGCAUUACUUUUUUUGUUGUUCAACAUAUAUCUUUUUUUAACUAGGCUUAGGCAAUUGGGUUUGUCAAGUAGUCUAUCAAAUGCCAAAUGUUCUAUCACUGGUGUUGCAUUUUAUUCCAUCAAAAGAUCAGACACUGCUUAAGUUAUAUUUUUAUAUGGGCCAAAAUUACAGUGUCCUCAUUGUGAGCAGACCAAUAAACAUUCUUAAAUUAC